AAAGGACUUUUUGCGCAAGCGUUUCGUUGUUUGUUGUCGACGCCAUUUUGCUACUCCAAGAAGUGAGAAGAAAAUCGUGGUUUUUUGCCCAAAAUUGCAAAAUAGACUGAAUUUGGCUUAAGAGAAGUGUUUGGGCAUAGUGUUGAAGAUGGGCGACCGCGACUCUUCGGUGGAGAAGGACCGGUCCCGGGAGCGUUCCCGGCGCGAGCGCCCCAGCCGCUUCUCGGAGGCAAGCAGAGAGCGGAGCCUGGACCGAGGCCGCGAAAGGGGCGGCAUGAAGUCCUCCAACUGCCGAGUGUACGUAUCAAACAUUCCUUACGAAUACCGUUGGCAAGACUUGAAAGAUCUGUUUCGGAGUCAAGUCGGUGAUGUCCAGUUUGUUGAGUUGUUUGUCGAUGAUAACGACAAGUCCCGAGGUUGUGGCAUCGUUGAGUUUUCUGAUCCUGGUAGUGUUAAGAAAUGUCUCGAGGUGAUGCAGCGGUUUGAGGUCAAAACUCGUAAGCUUAUUAUUAAGGAAGACGCCGGUAACAUCCGCGAUAAGCAUGGCAACAUCAUCGGGGGAUCGGGCAGCAAAAGGGGCCGAGACGAGAAUCGCUACCGAGACGAGCGGUACGAUUCUCAGCAGAGUUUGUCGAAUCGGUCGGGGCCUGAGGUGCCCGAAAAUAAAUGGGGCAAUACUUAUGGGCUUAGCCCGCACUUCUUAGAGUCUCUUCGAAUUGAAACUCCGCUUUGUAAUCGAGUUUUUGUCGCAAAUUUGGAAUAUAACGUUGAUAAGAAAAAAUUAAAGGAAGUUUUUCGCUUGGCUGGUCGCAUCGUGCGCGUCGAUUUGCAUACAGAUAAAGACGGUCGGAGUCGAGGUUUCGCCAUUAUCGAAUACGACCAUCCAGUCGAAGCAGUUCAAGCAAUUUCAAUGUUCCACAAUCAGGUUUUGUACGAUCGUCCAAUGAGCGUUCGAAUCGAUCGCGCCAACGAAACAUUAAAAUUACCCGAAGGUCUGAAAGGUAUCGGUAUGGGUCUGGGCACAAACGGCGAGCCGUUGCGCGACGUCGCUCGCAACCUACCCUCGACCAGCAGCAGUUCGCAGCCGUCGAAUCCCGGCGCGGGUCUUCUGGGGGCUGUGCCGAAUCAGGCGCUGCAGAUGGCGAACGCGUUGACCGGCCUGACCGGCUCCGCUUUCGGCAGCUUGGGCACCAAUUCUUCGGUGCUUCAAGCGGCCAAUCUCGCCGGAAUGAGCGGCCUCUUGAGCGGUAGUCUGAGCAACGCCGAUCUGUCUUUGGCGAGUAAUCUCGUUUCGAAUCCUCUGGUGCAGAAUAGUACUCCACUGGCGGCGUUGGGCGGCUCAGGCGGUUCGGGAAAUUUGCCCCAAAGUCUCACUAGUAACAAUUCGAACUCGCAGUCGUUUUCGCGAGAGAGCAAUUCGUUCGGGAGUAAUCAGAACAGUAAUUUUGGUCAGAGUCAGAGCUACAGUAGUAGCGGGAGGAAUUUUCCAAAUUAUGAGACUAAAAGCUCGACAGGGGCAGGUUAUAGCUUCGGUGGAGGAAGUAGGGACGGGUACGGAUCUUUGAGUGGUUCUCUUGGAAAUUUGGGAGGUACUGGACAGUUGUUGCGAAAUCAGAAUUCGGCAAGCAACGUUAAAGACGGCGGCGGAUUUUCCCGAAAAGUUUUGGUUUCGAAUUUGCCGGCAUCAGCAAGCUACAAAAUGUUGAGUGAGAAAUUUAACGAGUUCGGCGAUGUGCAACAUAUUGAAGAGAAGGGGACCGGCACUAUGCUUAUCGUUUAUUCGGCUGAUUGGCAGGCUGAAAGGGCAAUUAAAAAUUUGGAUCGUGCUCGUAUUGACGGAAGGACCAUCGAGGCGCGCUUGUUCUUUUAAGGUGUUUGGAGCAAUGUAUUUGUUUUGUUUAACGUUCGUAGCAUUAGGAUGAAAUUUCUUUUAAUUACUGACUGUGGUUUGUUGCGACCAUAGACAACAAAGUGUUAGCAUGCGGACCUUUUUUAUUUUCCAAAUAAAUUAUUUUGCACA